AUGCCGUUCUCUCUACUCCAGGUACUGCACCUCGGCCUACUGGCGACAGCCACCGCGUAUUCUGUCGUGUCUCAAAAGGCGGUGGAUUCGCAUCCACAUCACCACGGUAAAAGCGUCGUACUCCACGUUCCCGUGGCGGUGCGGUUGACCGUCGAGCACGAGGGAGGCUCUGGCGGAUCCUCCCCAGAAAUGUCGCAGGGUAUCUUGCCAACGGAGGUGGGUCAGUAUCGCCAGUGGGGAUUGUCGCUGGAAGCCUUUUCGGGGAAAGAUUCACCGACACUGCCGGAUGAUGCCCUAUUUUUGGACGAACGCAUCAUCGACUUGAGCUUUUCUUACAUUCCUACCAGCCCAAACUCCCCUGCCACUGCAACGAAUAUACCCACAACUUCAUCAUUAUACUGGGGCAAUGCGACAUUGUCUUGGAGAUUGCCCAUUCAAAACAGAGAAUCUGAUCCGGCUUACCCACGUACAUAUCUAGUCCUACUCUGGGAAGAGCAGCGCCCUUAUCUUCACGAAUACCAACAUCAACCACCAACAACAUUGGGCAACAACAACGACUGGUACCAGCGCCGUCUGCUAGCGCGUCGCAUUGCGCAAAUUCCAUCACAAACGCACCGUCCUCAUUCCAUCGAACAAAGCCUCGGUGCGAAUCCUCUCGCGGGGAUAGUUCGAGUUGGUCUUUUGCAAGGCACGUCAGAAUACAUCCUUCGAGAUCACGAGCCGCUGCACGCAUCAUCGGAACCUAAGCAGAACGCAACGAUUGCCACAUUCUCAACGUCAAACUUUGAGCAGCGAAGCAAUGCUCCACCUGCUCCCAACGUACUACAGAACAAUGAUACUCAAGCAAAAUUAUUAACACCGUCGUCGUGGUGGCAGUUUUUUGCCGGCGGUGCUUGCUGUGUGUUAUCAUUGUUGGUUUGGGCCACUGCAACGGCCAGGCCAAUUACGACUGGCGCGGCUCAUACCAACGCCCCCCGAAACAGAGUCCAGCUCGGUUUGUCGCUUUCACUGUCCGAUGUGGAUGACGUAGCGCACCGCAAUGAUGGUCAGCUUGAGGACACCUUGAGUGUUGGCGACAACGAUACCUAUAUUGGUGCAGAAGAUGUGUCAUACACGGAGGAAACAAAAUCCAGCAAGAAUGGAAGCGACGUUGUAGACAAUAGCAACGACGACAAAGGGGGUCAUCGAUCCUCUGACUCCGUCUCCAACAUGUCAAGUUCCGAUCAAGAUAGUCGAAAUGGCACUUUUGGUUUGCCCCCUUCUGAUGUCCAAAAUAGCGAGUCAGUAUCAUCCAGCGAUAAUGAGAUGCUUUCGCCGCCGCCCCGUAUGCGACGACAGGGACUUUCACGAGCAUCACCGCGAUUGACUUUUGACCAGCAAAUGGAAUUUUGGAGAGAACGGGAUGCGAGUCAGAAUACGGCUCCGGUACAAUCCAUUGUUUGCGUUGCAAGCGACACGCCACCAGGUACGCACAUACCGGAACGCAUGCCAAUGACGUCGCCACUUCAAAACAAAAAUUCACCCACGAGAUGCAAACGGCCAGUAGACAGCAAGGCCACAGAAGAAACUCUGUCAUGGCUUGAGGAAUCCAAGGAAGAAAGAAUCGUCGAGCCUGAGAGAGAGAUGAGUGGUGUUUGCUCGACCACACGUAGCAAUGUAAUGAACGGCAAAAAGCUUUUUGAUGAUGCUGCCGAACCAGAAACAACAUCGCACACCGCAACCCAACGUAGAUUGUCAUCUUUCCAACCGAAUACUUCGAGAUGUUGCCCUAGGAGUAGCGAAAGAGCCAACAAGUCUUCAAAAGAAGUCGAAAAAUCAAGCAAUGAGGAUACAAUUGCAAAAUCCUCAGAACCAUAUCAAGAACAAUCAGAUAGGCGGGGCGCGGAAAGUAUCCACGAUGUCGAAGCUUUCCAAUGUAUUCCUUUUUCACGCCUCGUCUCCAAAGAAAAAGUUUCUGUUCAGAGUCAAUCGAAAGCCUCUGAAGCGUUGGCAAUCGAUAGCCUGCCGUUUUCAGCACCCACCGCAGAGUCAGGCGACAUAGAUGAAAGGCUGGUCGAGCCCACAUCUCUUCAAGCAUUCAAUGUUGAGCACUCAACGUCGUUUCAAUCAACUGUCCCCCCUUUGACGAUGUACGCAUCUAACGCAAUCGAAAGUGCCGCUAGUGGAAUGAUGAUCGACACACCAGACUCUGACGAAGGGUCAAGGAAUUACCCUCUUCAGGAGUUGGCCCAAGCUGACUGUUCAAGUGCAAGCCAGCCGAAUGGUGUGUUGGAAGUGAAAUCAACUCAAGGAAAUGCGAUAGAACCGCAAGCAGGAGUACAGGCGGCUUUUAAAGCGUAUGGUAAAGAAGUAGUACUCGGCAAAUCGUCAUAUUCGCCUGUGCGAACUAAGCCUGACAACCUUGACCAGAGAAACGAUCUCUCAUUCAAGCCACGGUCGUCGGUCCAAACUGGUUCGAACGAAGGGUUUCAUUCCGACAAAAGUUCAAGCAGGUUUGCAGGCCCGUUUUCAGAUAAUGACAAAAGGACGCCGCACGCAGGUAUCUUUAGGCACACGGCGCCCGAGCAAGAUUUUACCGCUUCACCGCUUGAGUCCAAACGUUCGUCCGUGAACGAUGGAGAUUGCACCAUUGCGGUAUUUGCAGUAAGCUGUCCUCCGGAAAAAUCGACAUGCGCAGAAGCAGAUUUUAGCGCCACUCAAUGGAUUGGGCGAAAGCGGAAUUUUGACGCUGUGUCGAAGCUUGACGAUGGGUUGGCUCAAACACCCCUAGAUACAUCCGCGUCAAAAUGCGACGUUGUCUCUCCAGAAAACAGCAGGCAGCGCACAUUGUCCCUGCCACUACCGCCAUACCAAGCUUCAGCUCAAAUAAACAUCCCAACUCCUGACAAAAGUAAGCAACAACGGCGAGGAUGUGAGUGUGCAGCGAACUCGCCGGGAGAGGAUUGCUUCAAUGACCGCUUUUUUCUUGAUUCAUUCGCCAAACGAGACUCAAUAGAGGCACACAAGUCGCCGGCUACCCCCCAAGAUAGUGAAGCGAGAUUAAAUGCUGUGCCUGUCGUAACGACCGAGACGAAAGGACGUGGCGAGUCCUCAGCCGAAGGAGCUUUCACUUACUGCUCAACGCUGCCUCCAGAUAGUAGUUGCUCUGAUGGACGACCCGAAUGUUGCUUUGCCGGCUUGAGAGUAAAAGACGAGCCACCCACCGCCGAAAUCGAAUUUCCCAUACAAAAUAGUCCCGCAGGUCAGAAACACCCCAUUCGUAGAGAAGGUUGGCAGUCAACUGCCGAGACGAGUGAAAGAGGUGCACACUAUCUCCCAGACUCCGCCGCUUCUGUAUCCCUUCAUUCAUUUGUACGCGACUAUAGCGAUGUAGUAUGGCAGUACCAAAGCUUGGACAGCAGAUCAAACAUGCAACAGGAAAAAUGUAGACAUGACAUUUAUUCUAAACCCAAUCGCGGUGUUGUUCGACGCAGUCGAAGGUACCGAGGUGGUUCGGCACACGUUGCGGCUGCGGAACCAGUUACAGGCCGGAACAGCACUAAAGUGUUCAAGGAGUCAAUGCAGAAGCCAGCGCUCGGAUCUGUCAGUGAAUCAAAUGAGAGCAUGUCCGCGGUGAUUACAGAAAAUCUGAAGCCUUCCGCCAUCAACCAGCUUUCCGAAACUCCUUCAUGGAAUCAAGUACUACCCGACGCUGCACCAUCUGCUGCCUUGAACUCAGCUACCGAACUUUUCGCCCAAGACAACAGUGAUCUUCAGUUUGGACAAAAGGACCCCUUUUCACCAGUUACCAAAGAAAUGACGGUGGUACCCCACUCUAUUUUCACUCGCAGGAGGUCGAAUGCACGUGUUUUCGAAAGUGGUAAAGCCAACACCGAAUCCCAAGCUGACGAGAAUAAAGUUGAGGGUGCUGCAAGCAGUCGAGAAUCAACUUCAGUCCACAAAUCAAAGGGUCUCGAAAUGGAACCAGUAGAGCGUUCUAUUCAAGUAGCCACAAAUCACACAGUUUCGUUAGACACGGCACGGUCUACAGUCCAGUAUCCCAGGAAAUUGAAACGUAAAUUUGGCGACGAGCGGACUGACACAUCGACUCUGGCUCACGAGUGGGUUUUCGCGAGUCAACCUGUGGCCUCCAUUACACUCCCCCGGACAAACGACUCAAAUGAUUGCCUUUGAAAGCAUCAUGGCUUCGACUCAGAUCUAAGCACAUAGAGUGUCAAACGAAAAAUC